AAUUCCUUCUGCAAAAGCAGCCUCUGCAUUUCUCUGCCCGUCUGAAUGCUAGCACGGCGAAAAAAGAAAAAGAGACUGAGGGGAAGAAGAGGAGGGGAGGAAAAAAACGCUGAAGAAAUGUGAAAAUCAGCGGACGGGUUCAUGGCGAGCGGAGGUCCAGAGCUAAAGGAGUUAUUGAGGGACUCCUUAACAGCCUCGCAGCCCGGAUCAAAAUGUUCUUGCCCUUGAGGAGUUCCCUGAGCAGUCUUUACUGGGCUGAGAGAAACUCUACCAUUAACUCAUGCUGUGUUCCCCUGCUUUGCUAAAUCUGUUGGAAAGCUCAUAGUGGAGAAGACUGCUGACUACCCGUUGGCUGAGUUCUCUCUGGUGGAAGAUGUGGCGCUGCACUUCACCCGUUUGAUGGACAGGCUGAACGAGCAGCGUCUCUUCCAGCCGGACCUGUGCGACGUUGACCUCGUUCUGGUGCGCCAGCAUAGCACCUUCCCCGCCCACAAGGGGGUGCUGGCUGCCCACAGUCCCUUCUUCCAGGCGCUCUUCACGCGGGGCAGAGAGCUACGGCGCGUGGACCUGACGCUGGAGGCGUUGACCAGCCAAGGCCUGCAGCAGAUCCUCAACUUCAUCUACACCUCCAAGCUGCUGGUGACGGGCCGGACAGUGCGGGACGUCCUGCGCGCCGCAUCUGUUCUCCAAAUGAGUGAACUGGUCACAUCCUGCCGCGAGCUCAUCAGCAGCCAGUCACUGGGCUCCGCAGAGACGAUGGGCAGCCAAGAGGAACAUCGCAGUCAGCUGUACCGUGAGGUCAAGCAGGAGGUGGAGGUGGGAAGUAUUUUCACCCGAGAAGGGAGUGGCCCUUUUUCGGUGCGGCUGGUGGACACCGGUACCAACCCGCAGGCCAAACACUUCUACAUAAAAGACAAUACUGGAGGGGGAGGCGCCCCAGGAGCUGGAGGGAGGGGCUUAUGCAAAGUGGAAGGAGGGGACAGCCAAGAAGAGGUGGACCCCCAAGAGAGCUCUGCCUCCUUUAACAGGGAGCAAAUUAUCGUGGAGGUCAACCUCAACAAUCAAACCCUGAAUGUCUCCAAGGGGUCGGAGGGCAAGGCUGUCACCGCGGACAUAUCCUCACUGGUGGCCCGUCGCUGUGACAUCCGGGCCGACGCAGGGGGCGACGAUGACCCUGGACCUGAAGUGAAGGAAUAUGAGCGGAGAGGUGAGGAAGAGAUGGAAAACAGCAGCGAGGAGGAGAGGGAUGAUGAGGAAGAUGAUGAUGAAGAGGAAGAAGGGGAAGAGGAGGAGGAGAGCGAUCUCAGUAUUCCAGAGGUGGGACAAGCCAUCUUUGAGAGACCUCGCUGUGGAACGAGAGCAAGCGCGGCUGUUUCGCUACGCCAGGGCUUGGUUAGCGCCUCGCUGGCCCCAGCCCUACCCUCAGGCCAUGAAGGCCGGCGGGCGAAGAAGGAGCAGGAGGGAGCGGGCCAGAAGGUGAAGCUGGAGGAGAAGCAGCACUUUCCCUGUAAGAAAUGUCCACGUGUCUUCAACAACCGCUGGUACCUGGAGAAGCACAUGAACGUCACCCACAAUCGCAUGCAAAUCUGCAACAAGUGCGGCAAACGCUUCCUGCUGGAGAGCGAGCUGCUGCUUCACCACCAGACCAACUGUGAGAAGAGCAUACAGUGUGUAACAUGCGGCAAGGCAUUUAAGAAGCUGUGGUCCUUGCACGAACAUAACAAGAUCGUUCACGGCUAUGCUGAGAAGAAGUUCUCCUGUGAGAUCUGUGAGAAGAAAUUCUACACUAUGGCGCAUGUCAGGAAACACAUGGUUGCCCACACUAAGGACAUGCCGUUUACCUGUGAGACGUGUGGGAAGUCCUUUAAGCGCAGUAUGUCUCUGAAGGUGCACUCCCUGCAGCACUCCGGAGAAAAACCGUUCAGGUGUGAGAAUUGCAGUGAACGCUUCCAGUAUAAGUAUCAGCUUCGCUCUCACAUGAGCAUCCACAUCGGCCACAAGCAGUUCAUGUGCCAGUGGUGCGGCAAGGACUUCAACAUGAAGCAGUACUUUGAUGAGCACAUGAAGACACACACUGGAGAGAAGCCGUAUAUCUGUGAGAUCUGUGGGAAGAGCUUCACCAGCAGGCCCAACAUGAAGCGCCACCGGCGCACCCACACCGGCGAAAAGCCGUACCCCUGUGACGUGUGCGGCCAGCGCUUCCGCUUCUCCAACAUGCUCAAGGCCCACAAGGAGAAGUGCUUCCGGGUCAGCAACCCUUUAGAGACCGACGGCAACCCUCUGGGCCUGGAUCCCGCUUCUCCUGGCCCGCUGGCCGGCCGGUCCGUGACCCCUCCUGCCGAAGCGUCCAGCCCCCUCUCCCUGCCCCUUCUCCACUCCAUUGGGGGGCUCCCCCCUCCCCCUCCUCUCUUCUCUACCGGAAGGGUUAGCUCAAACAACAACUAACAGCGCUCAGUAGAAUUGUAGCCGUUCCUUUAGCUCCUUUUCAUUACUUUGAAUCCAAAGCGGUAGGUCGUUUGACUUUGUACGAGCUGUGCAAAUCACAUGAAAGAUGAAACUCCUCGAGAGGCGUUUCUGACCUGCUGAAUGAAGUCUAAGACAUGUAGCGGGCGUUUGUAACAGUGUGUGACACUGUAUGAUCCUUUGAUGCUGUGCAAGCGAUGACUUAGCAUUCUCAUAGAGAUAUUUUAUAUAUUGUCAAGAUCUACUCAUUAUUCAAAGAAAUAUGUUCUCAUUUUUGUUAUAUAUUCUUGUUUUUUGAGCUAAAGGACUAGCAUCUUGCUGGUUAGGUUCUCAUGCUCAACCCAAGGCUGUUUUUACGUGGUGAAACUUUAUGCAACUAGUUGCAGGUUGCCAGUUGCGUGAAACAUAAUUUCGGAGCUUCUUAACAGUUACAAGAAGUUAUUAAAAAACAACUGGAUGCAACUCAUUCGAUUAUUACACAAGUUAGCAAGAAAAGUAGCCAGCAUUUUUCAGAUAUCAUAUCUGUCUGGCUGCAUAAAAUCAUCUGUGAUGUGUUUUUCAGCCUUUGUGCCAUUUUAUGUCAAAAGAGGAGAAAAUUAAUAGCUGGCAACAUAGAUCAUGAAACAGAGGGCUAACAAAGCAUCAAAUUAACCUGAGGCCUAUCACAGUCAUAAUAUUUUAAUGAUUAACUGUUAUACAGAUAAUUGCGAUUAACAAUUUUGUUGUCUUUUUUAGUUAAUUACAUGCCAUUAUAAUAGUGUAACAACAGCAGUUUAGUGAACACUGAACUUUAAAACAUACAUAAAUUAAAUGUACAUGUCUUUUUACCAAAGUUUACCAGGUUCAAGUAAUUAAAAUAAAUAAUGUACUAUUCUCCUGUUUCUUUACAGGCCAGGUAGAUUCCAGGCAAGUAACACUAAUACAUAGCUCAUUGAAAUUAUGUGGAUCAAAGUACAUUGCAUAUAGGGAUGCACCGAUAUAGGAAUGAUGGGCUGAUUUCAAUACCCGAUAUUUUUUAUAUCUGCUGAUACCGAUGCCGAAACUUUUGUAAAAUAUAAAACUGGAUUAGCAUUGGGGAGAAAUAUAACAUUCAUUUCUGUAGGGUUACAAAUGCAGUAAAAUUAAUAAAACACAGAUAUUUUAGCAUAGCAGCCCAGCAUACAGUAAAUAUUAUCAUUUAUUGGAAAUAUCGAUCAAAUCUAAACAGCUCUCUGAGGCUAAUCAAUUUUAAGCAAAUAUCUGCCAAUACUGAUAUGAUUCCGCUAUCACUGUGCAUCGCUAGUUGUGUAGCUAAAAACUGUGCUAGCAGCCAAGUGAAUUUCAUCUUUACUUUUGUCCAUUUUUACAGAUAACAGUGUGACAUACAGUGUCAGAAACCACAUAAGCAAGUCUGUCAGAUAUUAUCCGCUAUCUUUUUGUGUUUUUGUAAGCAUAUGGUUUGUACAAUUCUCAUUGAUCGAAUAUAAGCAAUAGCUGUUAGCAACAUUAGCCUCGUAGCUUCAGGGCAUAACAAAAUAAGCGAAAACAUAUGACUGAAAUCUAAACAAUGUUGGAAAGUAAUUGCAGACAGCUUGAAUAGUUAUGGUUAAGCGAUGAUGUAAUUGUGGCAGGCCUAAAUUAACUUUUGUUUGCUAACUAGCUAACUAGUUAAGCUAACUGGUUACCAGAAAAUAAGCAGCGUUAUUCAAAGAGAAAUUAAUUUUUUCCAUGCUCUAAUUUAUUUUCUGGUCCAUGAUGUGUUGAAAUCAUUUGAAAUGUUGUCAUGUAAUGUUAUGAGUGUUUUGGCAGUUUCAAGAGACUUGGUUCACAAAGUUGCAGCUGUUGUGAGUUUUAGACAAUUUUUUACGUGAGUUAAUGGAGGCUUUCCAUUAUACAACACACGUGAAAUUUAGUUUCUUUUUUUUUUUUGACUUAAGUUGCCUGAAAGUUUCACCAGGUAAAGCCAGCCUAAGUACAUUACAAAGAGGUUACCAGAGGUUCAUGGUUGUGGACUGCGGUACGGUAGCAUAUUUAUCUUGGUUGGACAAAUAAUGUUCUCUGCAUUAAGAAUGUCUUUACAGACAGAGUGGCCUGUGCUUUCUGCCAGAUGCGGGAAGCAGGCAAACCUCAGAGGAUCCACAAAUGUGUUCUCUACUCCAGCCAGCAGAGGGCGCCAUGUGAUCAAAGUGUGCCGCAAAAACUUGAGUUGUGAGUUGAAAACAUUGCAGAUAUGUGUAGUAGCGAUUACCAAAUCUGUGUCCCUGGACUCUUUAUGUAUCACGUCGCAGUAACCAAACCCUGUGUGCUCAUACGCCGCCAUUAGAUACGCAUUUAUAAUCACUCCCGCACCUUAUUUUUGACCACAGAUAUAUUUAUGUUGUAUUCUUUAAUAUCUUCUUGGUAGGGUUUGAUAUGAUGGUUUGUGUCAGGCCUGGCUUUGGCAUUUGUUUGCCCUGUUUAAAGUUUUAAAGGUGUAUUGUGUGUUUCAUGACCUGUGCUGUGCAUGGGUAAGAGCGUGUAUGGAAAGUUAUAAAGCACUUACGGGGACUCUAAGGUGUAGAAAUCUAGCAAACAUACUAAUGUGUCAUUCAUAUUUUCUUUUUUAAGUAGAAGAGCACUUUAUAAAUAUUGGUCUGUGUAUCGGCCAUCAAUGUGACUGAAAAUCAGAUCCCUCGGAAUUUGCUUCAUUUACUGUUUUUUAGCUCUGAGAAGGAUAUACAAUUUUUAGCAGAGCAAUAUAGCAAUAUAUUCCACUAUGGACAUAUUAUAAUUUGUACUUAGGCAAUGUUAAACUGUGCAUUAGGUUUUGUCCUGUAAUGUACCUUUAAUUUAUGGUACAACAUGUUCUGAAGUCGCUUCUUGUGCUGUUUCUGUAGUCAUUCCUUUAGCCUUAUUUAGACGUCCAAUGUCAAAAAUUAUUUAUUCGGGAUUACUGAUUUGGGUCUUUCACUGAUUCAUGGAAAAGAUAUUAAUCAGAUGACUGAUAACUGCAAACGCUUUAAUAACUAAUACAAAUAGUUUGACUUGAUUCAGAACUAAUUAAUGCUUACACACAAUAUGCAUCUUUCUUUUACAGUCUUCAAGUUUAUACAGUCUUCAUGGCCUGCUGUGCACUUUUGACUUAUGUACUUAAGAUUUAUGUACGCUUUAAAGGUUCACUAAGUUUCCAUUUAUCUUAAUGGCAUAUCAAAAUAGCUACUCAUUAGCACCUGCUUUAACCUACAUUAGUAAUAAAACAAAGAGUUCUAGUCAGUUUUUCUCACACAAAGUGAGAAUGUUUUUGCACAUGCUACAUGGGUGGACAAAAUAAUGGAAAUACCACAUGGAAUACUCGGACUCUUCGACCAUUUUAUCAGAAACACAAUAUAGGUAGCCCAUCUGUUUUUUGCACAUUUAUUGACCUUAGAUCGAGCUCAGUGAUCGGUCAAGCAUAAUGCAUGUCCAACAUAACAGACUAGCUAGAUAGGUUUACAUUUCCAUGCAAGUCAAUGUAAAACCUUUUUUUAUUUGGUAAUUUGGUGUUUAUUAUUAUUUAUUUGAUAUUUGAUUGGCUAAAUUGAUUAUUUUGUUGUAUUUGCUUGCAUUUAAAGUGAUCAGGUCUAUAUAGUCUUCUUGUGGGCCACAGAAACUUUGUGGUCAGUUGUGUGAGUAGCAAGUUGCAAAAGGUUGGGAAGCCCUGGAAUAGAGGAUAGUGUCUUUAACUGUACAAUCACUAACUGUACCCAGUGAGGACACACAAUGUGUAAAACCCCAACAUCAUAAAGACUGACCCACCACCCAAAUAAUAUCUGGGUCUGGUUGCAUGAAGGGAAAUUCAAUUGUUAAUUGUUUCUCUUAAAGAAACCCUUGAGUAUCACCUAACAGAUUUUUGUGCAACACACUUAACCUUGGGAAAUCUUAAGGGUAAUCUUAAGGAAAAAUUCAACUGGCCCUAUGGUGGUACCUUUCCAUUAAUGGACAGAGUAAGUGGGACUGAUAAAUUGUGAAUUGUGGGCUACAGUCUGUAAUUGUAAACCUAUAAAGUGCACCUGUGUGGUAGGUGUUUUUGAUAAAAUGACCAAUGAGCAUGAGUACUUGUGGUCUUUCUGUUAUUUUGUACACCUCCUACGUUUGGCAGUUAAAUACUAAUAAUGCUCUCUACCUCUAUCUUAUCUUAAUGGGACAUCUUUAUGGGUCAGUAAAGCCAAAUCAUCAGCAUAUGAACAAACUGUCUUCAUAUCAGUGAUGUACAGAACUGUGCAAAAGUCAGAGACCACCCUUCAUUAAUUUGAUUUCCAGUUAUUAAUUCUUCAGGAGGUUUUUCUGAGAGAGAAGUAUAAUCCAUUUGCAAAAGGAAGGGCAGAAAUAUGUGGAAAUGAAUGACUUUCCAAAACAAGAUUUCCAAAAAAUUAUUUAAAUAUGUAUUGAAACAGUGCAUGAGCACCAAAACUAUCACCGUCAGAUAAACCGUACUUAAAGCCAGAGAUGAGAAGCAGAAAAUUCAACCAACUUCUCAGACUGAGCUUUGGAGGUGUGCAAAAAUACAAUUUAUAUAUGUAUAUUUAUUCCAUGUUUUCCACUUUUUUCCCUGACCCCAAAAAAUGAAUAACUUGUACUUAAUGACUGAUUUGUCUGGAAAUUAAAUAAACGGGUGGUUUCUUCUGACUUUUUCAUAGUACUGCAUAACAACUAAACCAGUGGGCCCAAAAAACUCCGUUUGGCUGCCAACCAUCAAAAUAUGAACCCACAUACUCACUAAAACCUCUAGUUUGUCAUUUUUACAGUACCAGGGCAGGAUCUAGUUCUCCAGAACUUACUUAACUCAUCAAACUCUUCAUCUACCUCCUCAUAGAUAUCAGUUAUGUGGAAAGAGCCUUCUUGAAGCUUCAUAAGAGUAAAAAGAGAGGACAAGUGUAGUGAAUAUUACAGCUAUCAAUUAGUGGACCUUUAAAGAAUCUCUGUGGAGAAGCCAUGAAAGGUCUGAUAAGAGAAAAGAGAUUUCAGAAAGUUUAUAGAAAUUAUAGAUUUCCUUACUGAGCUUUAGAGAGGAUAUAUAACACAUAAAGAGAAAACUUUAACCUUAAACACAGUAUAUAUAGUCCUAAUAACAGGUAUUACAAACUAUAUAGCCCACAUUAAGAUAUACAGUACAGUAUCUAUAGUCUGUAAAUAUGUCGUGUACUCCAUGUCAUUUACCGAAUAGGCCGUUUUUUGUUGUUUUUUCUUUCUUGUUUACAUUGUACUGAGAGUCAGAUGAAUGUGGUGACGCGCGGUGGAGGGGUCAGUCAGCACUAUUGAAAGACUUUGGAAGUUGUAGAUAAGCUUUUGUUUAUGUGAUAAGCUCUAAAAUGUUUCUUUUCUUUAAAAGAAAAAGAGAAAAAAAUACGUUAAGCACCUUAAAUUUUAUAGUCGCUCACUUUGCCCACUUAUAUGCACAAAUGGUGACAUUUGUGAGAUGAUACAGUUGUUUGCGAAACUUUGGGCGCCCCGGUUACAUCAUGUUUUGUUCAUUUUCUCAUUUGACUGGGGGUGUUCAAAGUUCUGCAAACGACUGUAUGAAUUAUUAGUUGAUAGAAAAUGGAUUUUACAGAUUUUUUAAUCUUUCAAAGCCACAAUUGUGGAUUUUAGAGCAACAAAGUAGCAGCAUCAACAAUCAGUGACAUACGGUUUAUAUAGUGAGGGUAAAGCUUUAUAAACAUAUGGACAAAAUGCUAGUAUUGUGAAUAUGUUGCUGCAUAUUGUGAUAUGCCUUGAAAAUUAUUUAAAAUUCAUUGGUAAAUCAAUAAUGUGGUUGGUCUGGAUGCUCAUAGCACACAGGUAACAAACAAUAUAUCAUGCAGCCCUAACGAGUAUAUUCUGUAUCUUCAACAAUCAAUGGAAAAAGAACUGAAGCGAAUACAAACUUUUGGAUCCACAUUGUGGCUUUAUACGGGGUUGUGUGGGGUCAGUAUGCUGUACUGGCUGUAAUUUCAAGUUCUACUAGCAGCAGCUCAGUCAUUUUGACUUUGAUUGAUUUGGAAUUGCUUGCCAAGAGUGACAAUAUGUAUGUGAAUGUAAUCACGGUGUAUGUUUUGGCAUUAAUUAGAUUCAUUUAGCUUGAACUAUAUAUCAGUGGUUUCAUAACAUUAUCUGUGAAAGGCUUCUGUAGGUCCAAGCUUUUGUCCCUGCCAGUGGCUCAACCAAUCAGCAGCCAAAUUUUAAUCAGCUGAAGUACGUGAAGUUAGUGAUUGGUUGGGACAAAAGUUUUGGAGGACACAGGCGCUGUGAGGACCACUCUGUUAGUGGUGCUGUAAGUAGGGCUGGGUGAUAUGGCAGAGUUGUAAUAUUGUAAUACUUCACAAUAUACAGUAUAUAUCAUGAUACUAUAUAUUAUCACACUAUAAUUAAAAAAAGAGUGAUAUAUAAUUCCAAGAACACCCUUUGGUUUAUUUAAAUUUCAGUCCAAACAGUCAAAAAAGUGCAAAAAAAAGCCUCAACAUCUAAAUUUAACCUCAGUUUGUUCAAUAUUUAGUGUGUCCACACUUUGCCUUUAUUACAUCUUCCAUUCUUCCAUUUUUGGGAGGCUCAUUUUGUUUUCCAAAGAAGUCUGUAGGGAUGUUUUUCCACUCCUCCAAAGUUCAGUCUUAGAAGUUGGUUGCAUUUUGUGCUUUACAUGAUCCAAAUAAUCUCAAAUUGGAUUACAAAAACUCUUACUCCAUAUCCCAGACUAAAUUUGCCAUUGUUUUUUAGCAUCAUAUGAUAAUACCAUAUUGUCAUAUCGCCCACCCCAUUACUGUUCAGAUGGCUCUUGAUGAUUGCCUCCUUUUUAAACCCAAUUUUAAUGCAAAUAGCCCUAGAGUAAUAAAAAUAGACUACUUGGUUGCCGAUUACUGUUAUCCAGCAAUGAAGACGCCACAAACGCCAGCAUCCAGUCUUACACAUUGUGCUGUUUCGUUACUAUAACCUUGGCAAAUCUUGAAUACAGGAGAGGUUGCGGAGGUUCUGUUGUGUAGACUGAAGUGGUGCUGUAACUAACAUGCCUUAAGUGUUAACAGGAAUGGAGCCGCCAUGAUAGUGAAUGUGCUAAAGCGUUAAUGCGAAUCACAGUGGCUUGAUAAUCGGAAAGUGAUGCUACUGAUGUGUGCACUUUGGUUAAGGACUGGGAGGAGGACAAAAAGUGAAAAAGGUUUGAUUUUACAUGUUUUUUUUAGUAUGGGUAAAUGUAAUUGGGGAGAAUAUUUCUUGCAAUAAUGUCUUGUGCCAGAUAAAUUUGUAAGCCUUUUAAAUGCUAGACCGAAACUGAACGUCUGAACUUCUGCCACAUCUUUUUGUCCUUUUGUUUUUGUACAUUUUUCAUUGUAUCACUUUUCGUAUUGCACCUUAUUCUCCAGCAUCUGUAGGUUAAACAGUAUUGGUAUUAUAUUGUGAUAUGUAUUUUUGAAAGAAUGGAAUUGUGAAGAAACAAACUGAAAUGGAAAGAAAUGUAGCAUGUGGGUUCAAUACUGUUCUUCGAAAAGUAACACUGGUUUUUUUCCACUGCACAGAAAACUGGAACUGUGCUCUCCGUUGGUCACAGGUCCAAAACUGAAGGUUGUAAUUUUACAUUUUUUUGGUACCUGAUAAAUAUUGGCACCAACAGGACCUUGAAGGUUUGUCCUCUGUCUUGGGUAACAGCUGAAGCUAACACAUAUUUAGUGAAUUCUUUACUCUUCCGGGUGAGGAAAAAGUCACUAAGCACUACUACAUCACCAAUAAGUGCACCAGAAUGUAAAUUAAAUUGGUAUGCUUGAUGUGUGGAUUGACAUUUUUUUAGAAUUACUACUUUCUAAGUUUGCUAAGCUAAAUCAGGAAGCUAGCGCUAUUACCAUUUAUUCUAGCCUCCGCAGGAUGUAUGUUUUUUUGCUCACAUCUUCACAUCUUUUCAAAAAUUGAAGCUUUAUGCAUGAUUCUGUGUAAGCUAGUUAUGCUAGCUAGCAAGCAAAGGAGCUAUUAGCCAAAUUAGAUGCUUUACAGUGUCAUAAAAUGACCAGAAAGACAGCUAAAUUGUAAAAUGUGGUUAUUGUGAUGGUUUCAGCUGUCUCAAACAGAUGGAAAGAACUAGAACUGUAAGUUUGGUUCCCAUUUGGGUCAGUUGUUUUUGCAUGUGCAGUGGAAGAACAGCCAUAGUUGCUAACAGCAUAUGAAAAUGUGAAUAUCUUGCAAUAUAUUGUCGAUAUAUUCCAAAUUCUGCACUAAAUAUAUCAUAAUAUAUUUUAAACAUAUUACAUUUUUGUUUGAGUAAACCGUGUAGAGGGUAUUGAUUGUGUUACGAUUGCACAGGCCCAAAACUAAACCUUUUUUGUUAAAAAUGCACCUUCAUGUAAUGGUCUUAAAUUUAAAAGGUGACUUAGCAAAGCUUUUCAUUUUUGUACGCACUUUAUGUGAUGCUGUGGUUCAGUUUUGAAACAAGGUCUAGCAUAUUAAUUAAGAAUUAAAUUAUUAAGAAAAUGAAGAAUUUAGAUCAGUCCAUUUAAAUAUUUGUAUUUUUUUUUUCCUUUUUUCUUGAAAAAUCAAGUGGCCAAAUCAUAGUGUAUUACUGAUUAUUUUACCUUUUAUUUUUCACUUUAAUUAUCUAAUGCUAAAUGCUAAAUGGCUGGGAAAUACACUGUUUUGAUUGUGUAUUUGUAAGCGAAUGUGUUCAUGGGAUUGUGAAGUGGUCUGUGUUCUCCCUCUGUUUUACUACUCGUUUGCUGCUAGUCGUGUAGAAUUAGCAUUUUGUGGCCUUUUUGAGUUCUUUUUGUUUUUUCACAAGCUAUAACCUCACAGAAAAAACAUUUACAUAACCCUAGAUAUGGCGACAGAGCUACUUUAAAAAGAGUUAUAUGUCUAACAAAAGAAAAAUAGUUUAUCGUUUUUUUUGUUCUUCUAGUGAAUUAAAGAGUGAAAGAGAAGUGCUAAAGGAUUUGCACAUAAAAGAUAAAAGGUAAUCCAUCUUAUCUUCAGUGUCCUAGUGAAGGAGAACUGACCAUGCAGUUACCGUGGAACGUGUUACAACCAAAUCAAAGAUGGAAUCACUUUUUUUUUUUAAAACAUUUAAUAUCUAAUAACUUGUUCUUCCUUCGUAUGUAUUAAAGCAUUCUGGAGUGUGACUGUUCCUGCAUUAUUUCCUAAACUUUUACUAUGUAAACCCAACGUCUUAGUCAACCCUUGUGUACGAAGAACACAUGUAUGCAGUAGUCACGUCGGUUUUGUUAACACAGUACUAAAACAAUACAAAGACGCUAGUGUCUAGAGGUGCUAAUAACAUUAGACUGUAUCUUAUGUCAUUUAUCGUAUAAGUUAGUGUUUACUGUCUGUAACAGAACAAAAUAAAAAAGUUCAUUUCAAUAGUAAACUAAAUUAAACAUUAUCCCAAACCUCA